AUGAAUCCUGAUUCCAAGUGGAUCCUCGACGAGAUGCACCGCCUGUUCGCGAAGCAGAAGACAAGCUUCGACGCACGCUUCACCGAGGCGGAUCGGAAGCUCGAUUCGCGCUUCGACGACAGCAACCGCGCGCUGGAGAAGCGCUUCACCGAGGUGGAGGAAUCCGUCACCAAACACUUCACCGAUCUUGAUGACUCCCUCACCAAGCGACUCGCCGACUCAGAUCUCAACUGGGAGCGGCGCAUCACCGACUCCGAGGUGCGCCGUGUCAGAGCAGCUCCAGGAGACCUUCGUCUCCGCCGUCGCCAAGUCCACCGGUAA